AACAAACCCUGACUGUUUCACUCUGGGCGAAACUAACUGUCAUGUAGUUCGGCUUCAACGCUUCCUGUUGAAAAUAAAGGGGUGUACAUUUAAAACAAAACAAUCAAACACCGACACGCUAUGAUUAGGUCAAAAUUGAGGAAGAGUUUUAAAAAGCUGAAGAAGAUAUACGACCCAAAGGAUAAAACCUUGACGUUUGUCGACAGGCAGGACGACCUGGAUCCAGUGUCGUCAGACGAUGGUUGUCUCAAAGCACUGAUGUCAUGCGGCCACGCUGUCACCCCGGAAACUCUAACGGGGUGGUGUCGCAGUAGAUUGGACGAGGGGGAUAACCACUUCAGAUGUCCUGCUCUAGUAAACGGUACCAAAAAAUGCAAUAAACGUUGGUCAUACCAGGAAGUGCGCAGGCUGGCUGAUUUGUCUCCUGAAGAAAUGGAAGACUUUGAAAUGACCAUGGCCAACCUCGCUGUUACAUCCUACUGUGAUGCUCAGCCAUGCCCACAGUGCAAGACAUACGUGGAGAGAACAGAUCUAUCCAACCUGUGUGUGAAAUGCACCAUUUGUGCAGUUGAUGAUCCCACACACUCUCUCUUCUGCUGGCAGUGUCUACAGCCGUGGAAGGGUGCUGCCCCCCAACGUUACCGCUGCGGCAACUCCGGCUGUGUCAACAAGGACCUGCAGAUUCUGAAGUCAUGCCGCACCAUCAGUCUUCCUGAGGUGAAGGGCGCUACCAACUGCCCUGCAGUGCGAGCCUGUCCUAAAUGUGGCUUGAAGGUGGAGCACAACCAGCAGUACUGCAAAAACAUUCCCUGCCCUCGCUGCCAAGUGGAGUUCUGCUUUAUCUGCCUGAAACUAAAGGAUAAAUGUAGUAAAACUAGUACGCCAUAUCAAAUGUGUGUCAGUGGUGUGGCUCCCAGACAGACCUCCAUUCCAAUAUGGCACAGAAGAAGAACAACGACAAGAAGGCCCAUCUCUGCAUGA